AUGCGGCUCUCUGCUCUGCUGGCCUUGGCAUCUAAGGUCACCCUGCCUCCCAACUACCGCUAUGGGAUGAGCCGCCCAGGCUCCUUGGCAGAUAAAAGGAAGAACCCUCCAGGGACCAGGCGGCGCCGGGUGGCUGUGGAACCCAUCCCUGAGGAAGACUGGCAUCUGUUCUGUGGGGAUAGGGUAGAGAUCCUAGAAGGCAAGGACGCCGGGAAGCAAGGCAAAGUGGUUCAAGUUAUCCGGCAGCGAAACUGGGUGGUUGUCGAGGGACUGAAUACACAUUACCGCUAUGUUGGCAAGACUGUGGGUUUCCGGGGAACCAUGGUCCCCAGCGAAGCACCCUUGCUCCACAACCAAGUCAAACUUGUGGAUCCUAUGGACAGGAAGCCCACUGAAGUGGAGUGGAGAUUCACUGAGGCAGGAGAGCGAGUACGAGUGUCCACAAGAUCAGGAAGGAUCAUCCCGAAACCUGAUGUUCCCAGAGCUGAUGGCAUCAUCCCUGAAACAUGGAUUGAUGGCCCCAAAGACACAUCAGUAGAAGAUGCUCUAGAAAAAACCUAUGUGCCUCGUCUAAAGACAUUGGAGGAGGAGGUGAUGGAGGCAAUGGGAAUCCAGGAGACUCGGAGACACAAGAAGGUCUAUUGGUAUUGA